GAGCAUGAACAUACAUAGUAGUAUGAAAUUGAACUUGGUCCUAUUUGCUUAUUGUGCUUACCAAUUGACUAGUUGGCUUUGGUCAAAGUUGAAGGAGAGAAAGAACAAUCUCUCUGUCAAUAUAUAUAUAUAUGGAAGACAAGCCACGUAUAAACUCAAUCCUCUGAGGCGAAUAUAUAUCUUGUUUCGUCCCUUAAUUCUCUCCUUACAAACUCAGUGGUUCUUUUGCUCAAGAUUUCUGAACUCAGCCUCUGAUUCCCAGGUGAAGUGCAAUUUGCAGUUCUUUCUGUGAAGCUUAAUUAAGAAUUGAAAAUAAUUAUUCAAGUUGGAGACGGACACAUGUCUCUGUCUCUACGUACAAGAUUCAUUUGAUUUCAGAGAUCUUGCUGAAUUAGGAAUCAAAGUUUCAACCAGCACCUACUCUGCAAUCUACAUAGUCAUAAAGGGAGUGUUGCAGCUAAGCAAUGACAUUACAUAUAGUAACGCAGGCAUGCUGAUGAGUUCAAUGUGUUGGAAAAAAAAAUAUAAAAGCAAAAAUCAGAGUCCAGAAGUAAUAAUAAGCGGCAAACAGAAGACAUAGAUCAGCACAAGAAAAGCAAAGGAAGAUGGGUUUUCUGGAACUAUUGGAGGUGGCUUCUAUGCCAGUUAUUCAAGUCCUACUUAUCAGUGCAUUGGGAGCUUUGAUGGCAACUCAGUUUUUCGAUAAUAUUCUUUCACCAGACAUUCGGAAAGCCUUGAACAAGAUUGUUUUCGUUAUAUUCACACCUUCACUUGUGUUUUCCAGUUUCGCCAAGAGUGUUUCACUUGAUGAUAUGAUAUCAUGGUGGUUUAUGCCCGUUAAUGUUGGACUUACCUUCUUAAUUGGAGGGAUUAUAGGAUGGAUACUUGUAAAAUUACUGAAGCCCAAUUUGAAAGUGGAAGGUCUUAUUAUUGCUGCAUGUUCAUCAGGAAAUAUGGGUAACCUUCCUAUUGUAAUCAUCCCUGCUAUCUGUGAUGAGAAAGGAGGCCCAUUUGGUGCACGUGAUAUUUGCCGCAAUAAUGCACUCUCUUAUGCAUCUUUCUCUAUGGCGCUUGGUGGCAUCUUCAUUUGGACCUACACAUACCAGACGGUAAAAAGCAGAUCUUUGAAAUUUAAGGCACUGGAAGCUGCUGAGAUUGUAAAGGUUCCCAACAAAGAUUUUGAUGCUAAUGCAGAAACUCACCUUCUCAAGGAUAAUGACAGUGAAGACACAACAAUACAAGUGCCAACAUCGACUUAUAUAGGUGACACUGAAAACCAAAUUAUUGUAGACCAAGAUCAGUCCAAUGUAUCAAAGAAGAGAGAAUCAUCUUGGCAUAGAAUGGUAGAAGUUAUGAGCCAUCUUCUGGCAGAACUAAUGUCACCACCUGCAAUUGCAACAUUUUUUGGUUUCCUCUUUGGUGCGGUUGCAUGGCUAAGGAACAUAAUAAUAGGAGACGAUGCUCCACUUCGUGUCAUCCAAGACUCUCUUCAAUUACUUGGGAAUGGGACCAUUCCUUGCAUUACCCUUUUGCUUGGUGGUAACCUCGCUCAAGGCUUGAAAUCAUCAAGUGUCAAACCUUUGACCCUCAUUAGCAUCAUCAUAGCUCGACUUUUGUUACUACCUAUUAUUGGAUUGUUUAUUGUAAGAGCAGCCGCAAAUUUUGACUUACUCCCUGUUGAUCCUUUAUUUCAAUAUGUGCUGGUGAUGCAGUAUGCGAUGCCACCAGCUAUGAAUAUUAGUACAAUGGCUCAGCUGUUUGAAGUAGGAAAUGAAGAGUGUUCAGUUAUCCUCUUGUGGACAUAUAGUGCUGCAGCCAUAGCACUCACUGCCUGGUCAACAUUCCUCUUGUGGCUACUAUCUUAAGGCGUCUUCAUUCCUGAUUUCACUGCCUAAACACUUUUAUACAGAAACACAUAUAAUGGCUGUGUGACUGACAAUGUUAUACAACAAUUUUCUUUCACCACUUUUGUUCUAGUCAAGGUCACAUAUAACCCAUGCCACACAACAUAGAAGUUAGGAGACUGAAGUGAUUGGCUUUCUCUUCCCCUACAACACAAGACACUGCCAUUCAGAAAUUAAGUAUCUAGCAAUUCCACCCAUGUCUUCCUUUUCGGCAACCUUCUACAGGGACAAAUUGUAUUUUAGGUACUGAAAAAAGUUUGUGUUUUAUGUAGUUCUCCAUUGGAAACAAAACAAAAAGGGUUUACUUAUAGCCAUUUUCCCAUUUUGAUUCUUUGUAUUUUUAUUCAUUUUUUAGUUCAAUUCUUCUUGUAUUUCAGAAACUAGUCUUACCGAAUUUAUAUUGUUUAAUAACAUUUUAUAUUCAAUGAGAA